AUGGCUAAGAAGAACAUCAACACCGCGAUUGAAUUGGAUCCAAACCAUGCCUACUGCCACAUCCUGAAGGGUCGCUGGUGCUUUGAAGUUUACAAUCUCUCCUGGCUUGAGCGUCAAUUCGCCUCGCGUCUCUUCGCGGCUCCACCCACAGCCACCCUUGAGGAAGCCAUGGCUGAGUUCCUGGAGGCCGAACGUCUGGAGCCCAAUCGUUGGGCAAUAAACUCCAUCUUCUUGGCCAAAUGCGAGUAUGCAGGGUCGCACUACGCUGAGGCGAUGAGAUGGCUGGAGACGGCUGAAAAUCUUCUUCGUUGUGAAGAUUGCAGCAACGAAAGCGAUCAUGAUGCUGAAAGUGAAGAUAGCGAGGAGGAGAGAGCACUGACGACGUCAAGUAUCGGAGACGCAGUGGUGGAAAGACCAGCACUACUGGCGGAGAUCCAGGCGUUGAAACCGCGUUAUCGUGCCUAUCUGCCCAUAACAGGAGAAUUUGUUAGAAGAAGCCAGUCAACAGGAAGCUUCUAUCAGAAUCACAGCGAUCUUCCACCCCGAUAUCAUCAAAACCGCCGAAGUCGCUCAGCCAAUUCCGUGUUGCAUCUCCCACUCCAGGCUCCUCCUCACAAUGCCUCUUCCUUUAAACCAAAUUCAGAUUUGUUGCAGGAGAAUUACUCAGCUCAGGAUGGCGGAAGUGAAGUCUACGGCGUGCGACUUCUACGAGUAACCCCCGAAUCGGAAUUUCCAAUGACUUUUCGAGGUUCUGAGGUCACUCCACAGCAAUCACCGCUCUUGCAACUCGAGCCUCCACAAAGGCUUGACCCACCAAACUUUCACCUGAGACGAAUGGAGCAGCUGUACAAGGCAAAGAUCGCACGCGUGAAUGAGGAGCUACGUUUUUUCAGAGCAGCUGCGAAGAGGCAAGGCCACUACGAGUUGUCAAAAUCCCUUCCUGAUGUCUCAAUGACUGGCGAGGUCUCAGCUCUCAAACUCACUAUUGCUCAGUUGGAAAGAGAGCAAAUAGAUCUUCUACGACUAGUCCUCCACUUGCGUGGUCGCUUGAAGCAGGUUUCCAAGGAGAACGUCGAAUUGGCCUCCAAGGCGGUUGAGGCGAGUGAAGCUGCGGAAACAUCGAAACGUCAACUGGCAAUGGCAGAUGCGGCCCGCGGCAGAGCUGUAGAGGAGAUGGAAUCACUAAAAACCCGCUUUGCAGACGCUCUACGAGAUCAUGAGCUUCAGCAAAGAGCAGCUCUGAGUAACACCCUCAACAAAUCAGAUACGCGUUUGGAAGUUAUCAAGGCCAGUCUCCUGUUGGCCGAGAAGAAGACGGCUGAGGCGAGUGCCAGAGCCUCCCAUGUGGAAGCACAGUUGACAGAUCUUACGAAUAGAUUGCAAGCUUCAGAGGCAGAGAAUAAGUGUCUUCGGGAGGAGAAUAGGAGGCUCAUAGAGGAAUCGAAAAAAUCCCUUGCGAGCGCGAAUAUUCAAUCGGAAAGGGCGUUGAAAAAGUUGACACAUUUCCAAGAACAGGCCAAUCUAGAUGAAGAUGCGAUGAGGAACUCGAUCAGCAUGCUCAGGUCCCAACUGCAUGAAGCUUUAGAGCGGGCGGAAAAGUCGCAGACCGAACUGAUAUUAGCCAAUGAGGCCCAGGUCCGUCUGUUGUCACGAAGCAACGCCCUAGAACAGAGGUUGCAACAGGUAGAGAGUGACCUUGCAACUGCAAAUGCCUGCCACGAAGAGGAGAUGAGGGAAGUCAAGGACACGGCAGAGGCAGGAGAGGCCCGCCUCAGGUCAGCACUGGAACAAUUGACUCACCUCUACGAGACAAGGAUGAGCCACGCUGAGGACCUAUUCAAUCAGCAGCAUCGACUACUCAAAAAACUACGCGAGGAGUGUAGAUACAAUGUAGAGGCAUUUGACUUGACGGUAUCGCAGAUGGAUAGGAGGCAGCAGCUUCUCCUAAAUGAAGCUCAAGAAGCGAGGGAAAUUGCAGCGUUGAAUGAAGAAGAGCGUGAUCGUCUUCACAAUGAAACAGUGGAACAUCUUACGCAAGCCGAUUGCCUGGCUAGACAAGUCUCACAGCUGGAACAGACGCUGUCAGAUAAAAACAGCGAGAUAGGCCAACUUAAUGAUAAACAUCAAAAGCUUGUGAGGGAUGCCAGGGUGUUGGCGAAGGAAGUUAAGUACCUCCAAAAUCAACUGUCACAAUAUGUCCCGGAGAAGGAAAAAAAUCUUUUUGACAGAUGCAUUAUCGGAUCCCAUGAGGUGCAGAAAGUGAUUGCAAGAGUCGAGAAAUUUCCUACCUGA